AGUCAUUGGUGACGUCAUGUGCAUUUAUAAACCAAUCCCCGGACCGUUGCCGAAUCACUCUUCAUCGUCCUGUCAUUGAAAACGGAUCGGAGAAGAAUUCAAAAAACGAGUCUUCACGUCACACCCAUAUCAGUUAAAACCAAAAAUCUACAAAUAUGCGUGAAUGUAUUUCCAUCCAUGUUGGCCAAGCUGGUGUCCAGAUCGGUAAUGCCUGCUGGGAACUGUACUGCUUGGAGCACGGUAUCCAGCCUGAUGGUCAGAUGCCAAGUGACAAGACCAUCGGAGGUGGUGACGAUUCCUUCAACACAUUCUUCAGUGAGACUGGUGCUGGCAAGCACGUUCCUCGUGCCGUGUUCGUCGAUCUUGAGCCAAGUGUAGUAGAUGAGGUCCGAACCGGUACAUACCGUCAACUCUUCCAUCCAGAACAACUGAUCACCGGCAAAGAAGAUGCGGCGAACAACUACGCCAGAGGCCACUACACUGUAGGCAAGGAACACAUUGACAUGGUACUGGACAGGAUCCGCAAAUUAGCAGAUCAGUGCACUGGUCUUCAAGGAUUCUUGAUCUUCCACAGCUUUGGUGGUGGUACUGGAUCUGGCUUCUCUUCGCUCCUCAUGGAACGACUCUCUGUCGAUUAUGGAAAGAAAUCCAAACUUGAGUUUGCCAUCUACCCAGCACCUCAAAUCUCAACAGCAGUUGUAGAGCCAUACAAUUCCAUCCUGACUACUCACACCACUCUCGAGCAUUCCGACUGUGCCUUUAUGGUUGAUAACGAAGCCAUCUACGACAUCUGCAGAAGAAACCUUGAUAUUGAGAGACCAACCUACACAAACCUAAACCGUCUGAUUAGUCAGAUUGUGUCAUCCAUCACCGCUUCUCUUCGAUUUGAUGGUGCACUGAAUGUGGACUUGACAGAGUUCCAGACCAACUUGGUACCCUAUCCACGUAUUCACUUCCCUCUCGCCACCUAUGCUCCAGUCAUCUCGGCCGAAAAGGCUUACCAUGAGCAGUUGACCGUUGCAGAAAUUACAAACGCUUGUUUCGAGCCAGCUAACCAGUUGGUGAAAUGUGAUCCACGUCAUGGCAAGUACAUGGCUUGCUGUCUGUUGUACCGUGGUGACGUCGUACCAAAGGAUGUCAAUGCAGCCAUUGCUACCAUCAAGACCAAGAGAACCAUCCAGUUUGUUGACUGGUGUCCAACUGGUUUCAAGGUCGGCAUCAACUACCAACCCCCAACCGUGGUACCAGGGGGUGACUUAGCCAAGGUACAACGUGCCGUGUGUAUGUUAAGCAACACCACAGCCAUCGCCGAGGCAUGGGCUCGUCUCGACCACAAGUUUGAUCUGAUGUACGCCAAGCGUGCUUUCGUACAUUGGUACGUAGGUGAAGGCAUGGAGGAAGGAGAGUUCUCGGAGGCUCGUGAGGAUUUGGCAGCCCUGGAGAAGGACUACGAAGAGGUUGGCGUUGAUUCUCUUGAAGAGGGUGAAGAGGAAGAGGGCGAGGAGUAUUAGAUCUGCUCGCGUUCUAAAUCAACAUUGCCUAAACAUUGCCUAAACAUUGCCUAAAUACAACGUACAUAUUAAUAGUAAUGGUAAAUCACCCUUUAGACGAAAGAACAUAUUUAUACCACAUUUUGAGUGGUGCUCACUUUAAAGUUGCAAUAAUAAUUCAAUCUCACUGAAAUCGUCCUUACUGAACAGGGAAACCAUAUCUUUGUAGAAAUGUUUUUCAAGCAUUGAGGAACUCGUUUCAUAUUUAUUAAUAAUAAAUCAACGUUGUAAACUA